AUGACCUCUGCUGUCAGAACGUAUGCAGAUGCCCUCAAGCUUCUCGAGAAGCUGCAAUCGAACCGCCAAGUCCGAUCUGCCUUCUCCAAGACUUCGGGAGACAUGAAUCUCCAAGCAAUACCUGAAAUGCUGGACUGGACGCGCCGAGCGGGGUAUGAUGUUCGGGAUCUUGCGAAGCAUGGCCUGAAGUACAUACACGUUGCAGGAACGAAAGGGAAAGGCAGUGUAUGCGUCAUGGUGGAAAGCAUACUUCUGCAAUACCAGUCGGUAGAGAAGGGCGUUGGUCUGGGUAAGAUUGGGCUAUACACAUCACCCCACCUAGUUCAUGUCCGAGAGAGGAUACGAAUCGAUGGGUCGCCAAUAUCAGAACCUCUGUUUGCGAAGUAUUUCUUCGAACUAUGGGACAAGUUCUCUGCCACUGCUACAUUGGACUCGAAUACCGAUCCUCAAUCUCUAGAUACGAAACCCUCGUACUUCCGUUAUCUCACUCUCUUGGCUUUUCAUACAUUCAUACGAGAAGGUGUUCAAUCUGCAAUUGUCGAGUGCGGGAUUGGUGGCGAAUAUGACAGCACAAACAUGCUGCCCGCCGAAGCUGUGACGGCUACGGCUAUCACACCUCUUGCAAUUGAUCAUGCAGGAAUGCUGGGAGACACCAUUGAGGAUAUAGCCUGGCACAAGGCAGGAAUCAUGAAAACCGGCGUGUUAGCAUAUACGGCAAACCAGGCACUUGAGGCACAGGCCGUCUUGGAUAGGAGAGCUGCGGAAAAGGGCGUGGAGCUGACUGUGGUGAACAGAUUACCUCUCCUUGACGAAAGGAAUAUCAAGUUGGGUUUGGAUGGAGACUUUCAAAGGGACAAUGCGAGCCUGGCUAUCGUUGUCGCGUCCUCACAUUUGAGGACUAUGGGAAUAUCGAAUGGGGUUCCCAGCCCUCAACCUUUGAUCGAGUCUCCAGAAACUCUCUCCCUCCCAGAGAAGUUCAUCAAAGGUCUGACAACAGCAAUCUGGCCAGGCAGAUGUCAAUUCGUCAAAGAUGGCAACACAGAAUGGUUCAUAGAUGGCGCUCACACCAAAGAAAGCCUCGAAGCCGCCGCUGCUUGGUUCGCUCGCAGAGCAUCCGAAGCAUUCUGCUCGUCCAAGCCACCCAAUUCGACAAUGCUUAUCUUCAACCAGCAAGACCGAGACGCCGGCGCUCUGAUGAAAGGACUGAUGGCCUCUCUUUAUCACAAUAAGAACUCGCCUUGGUAUUCGACCACGACGAGCCAGCAGCCUAUUCCACUGAAUAACAGAAAGCUAUUCCUAUAUGCUGCAUUUGUUACGAAUGAACCUUUCAAGCCUGCUAUCGCAGGUACUAUCGACACUGCGCUCCAAACAGAGUUGGCGAAGCUUUAUACGAGAUUGGAUGCGAAUCAAUUGUUUAUGGUGUAUGAAAGUGUCGAGGAGGCAGUUGACCUGGCACACAAGAUCUCAGAAGGCAAUGAAAGGGUCCUGGUAUUCGUCACGGGAAGUCUACAUCUGGUGGGAAGCGUCUUGAAAGUCCUGGAGAAGAAAGGGGUGGAUGUUACUGUCAGCAACCAGGCCAUGGUCUAGAGCCCAUUGCUGGAACCACGGGCAGCUCUGGUGAUACCGGAGCCGUAUUUUAUGGUUAUUUUUUGUUUAUGAUACCCAAAACUCGAUAUGUAAUGCUAUUCAACUUAUCCUUGACAUCGUUCAUCAAGAAUACUCCCACUUUCCUCGACCAUUUAUCACAGACCCCGUUCAGCCAAUCACCCAAGCCGAAAUCAUUUUGUUGCACAUCGCUAUCGCGCAAAUGCUCAUUCCGUUUGUCACUUAUCUCGUGGUAGCACCACAUAUCAUGUCCGAGAUCCUUUCGGCGAAUUGUGGAUAAAUCUCG